AGAAACAAUCAACAUGAGUGACCCGCUGCAGGAAAAUCCGCAAAUAACAUCACUAAAAUUCACCAAAUUACACAGCCCAAAAAUGAAAAGUGUGUAUUGGCGUCACUUCGGGUUUCCCAUGGGCGACGACGACUGCAUCAUAACGAAACAAAAUGUUGUUUGCACUCUAUGCCACCGGGUAUUGACAAAUCAUGGUAACACCACGAAUCUGCGGGCGCAUUUACAGUAUCGUCACAAAGAGAUUUUUGAUAUGCUCGUGCAGGAGAAUAACAUUGCCGUGCCGCCGAGAAAAGCGCCUAUCCCAAAACCAUUAACCAAAAUAAAGCGGGAACCCAAAAAGCCUAAGAUCAAGAUGGAAUACUCUCCGCCAACAAUGCAUAGCACUAUAUCGAACGAAUCAGCUUGUAACGAUGAACACGACGAGCAGUCCAUUCUCUAUGAAUCGGUGGUGCCGAUGACAUAUGACGAUGAUGAUGUUAUUGAUAGUAAUCAUUUUACAAAAAUCGAAGUAUCAAACGCCAAUGAUAUCAAAACAUCUCCAUGCACAACCGAUCUAUUGACUGUCAAUCGUAAUGAGCGGAAGUAUUGCAUUACCACCACUUCCAAUAACAUUGAACAUGAAUUGGCCAUUGACGAUUACCAAAUGUUGGAGGCCUUGGCCAAUUUGGUGGUGAAUGACAUUAGGAACGUGGAUACCUUAUAUGAUGAAGGAAUGACUAAAUUUAUUCGUACUAUCUGCGGUAAUAUAACAAUUCCCGCCUUAAAAAAAAUUGAAACCUAUAUUAAAGAGGUUCACAGCGAUAAGCAAACAAGUUUGGCAGAUCAAAUUAAAGUACACUCCCAGAUAAAGCCAUUUUCGCUAGGCUUUGAAAUUUGGGAGAAUGUUGAACAGAAGCACUUUCUAUCUAUUUAUUUCAACUAUACUACAGAUGCACCUGACUUCAAUCUGAUAACUCAAAUUUACUGCACAAUCGAAUACAAUAAGUUCACAGUUAUUGACAAUAUCUUCGAAGAUUUUAAUUUGAAUAACUGCACUGCAGCAAUAAUAAAUUGUGAUUAUGAUGAAUACCUUAAACAUUUCUUAAAUGAGAAAAAUAUUCCCGUUAUUUUAUCAUAUGAUACAGUUGUCAAUCAUUGUAUUAAGAACGUUAUAGCUAUACCGGCUGUUGCCUCAAUAAUUGAAGAAGUGAAGGACACCUUAAUGCGGUAUCAUUUAGAAAUAAGUGCAAAGGACGUGGAAAUUCCCCAACUAUCCAACGAAUUUCCUUGGACAUACUAUGAGUUACUCAAGUUUUUCUCCGAAACUGUAUCUUGGCCGGAAGAUGUCGAGGCUUUAGUCACUUCUUCAAAAGUUAUUUAUGACAUUCUAGGCAAUUUAGCGGUUACUAUUGAAACACUAAAAGGUGAAGAAAUACCUUUGAGUAGCAUGCUUUCACCAAUUACCUCAAAAGUCUUGACAAAGAAACUUGUAAUAACGGAAGGAGAUGACCAUUUCGCUGCAACUAUAAAGGACACAAUUAACACAACGCUUGAUAAAAUGGUUUUGUCAGAUAUACACUUGACAAUAUCAGCAUUGCUGGAUCCUCGGUUUCAUCGACUAACGAACGUUACCAAUUACAAUGCGUGUGUCCAAAUACUCACAGAAAAAUAUGACCGAAUCGUUGAAUCCCAGGGAAUUUCCCCGAUUAAACCAUUAACGAGGACAAACAAUAGUGGGGUUAAAUCUUCAUCCGGGUCCAUAAUUAAAAAAUCAAAUUUAGAACUGUUCUUUGAUUUGACUGAAGGUCCUGUUGAGCAGCCUGUAACUCAAGAGCCAAGCAAUGUGGAGACAGAUUUGAAACGUUAUCGCUCAGAUGUAUAUGUUUCGCUGGAUGAAUCGCCAUUUUUGUGGUGGAACAAAAUGAGCCAUUUAUAUAGUACAUUGAAGCAUUUAGCAGUCCAGUACCAAUGUCUCCCUUGUGUAGUUAACAUGAAUUAUAAAAAAUCGAUCAAACAACAAAUUUCGGAACAUCAGAAACGGUUUAUGCUGACCGGAAAUUUAAUAGAUGCAAUAUUGUUUUUGCAUUACAACUAAACAAGCCUACAGUA